UAAAAUAAAAAAAUAUGAGUAAAAAUAAUGCUCUCGUGUUUGUAAGACGCAGCACCCCCUGCUGACCGUUAUCUCUCUUAGAUACUGUUGCUAACAACAAUCAACCCUCCAAAACAGUGGCAGACGAUUAAAGUCACCCUGAGAGUUUCUAAGCCCAGUGUUGGAUUCACUAUGUCUGGCGGACGAUCCACGACCAAAGCUGGCUUUGACAGCAGUUUGGGGGAAAGUGAAGAGACCGAUCUACAAAGAGUGCAUCGACUGCGGCUGGAGUUACGCAGACUGGAAAGGAAUCGCGAGCUCUACUUGCAGGAAGAAGAAACUUUACGCAAACAGCGGCAACAGAUUGCUGAACUGCGUGCCGAACAAGAGAGGCUGCUGCAAGCGCAAAGAGAGAGUGAAAGUCCGGCUGUCAAGGCUGUCAGAGAUCUGCUGAAGCAACGUGACAAGCUAGACGAAGAAACUGAGAAAGAAAAACAGACCCAAGCAGAGCUGCAAAAAGAGAUCACGAUUAUGGAGAAAAAACUGGCGGAAAUGAGAAGAGGACAGGCUUCUCACGGUCACAAUUCUCAGCCCCGCGACAUUCAGAAGGCCAUACGAACCACACAGAGCAAACUGGAUCGGUCUCGUGCUCGCUUUAACGAACAGAUGAAGAUAAACAGCCGGCACAGAAAAGAUAUUGAGACACUACACAUGCAGCGUACCCGAUUCCAGCAGCUGUAUCGCAAACUGGAGAAGGUGUUGCAAGAUAUUCGUAAGGAAAUUGCUGAAGUUGUCGACAAGUCAGCUACAGCUUACGAUGCAAAAGUGGAUGCUCAGACCAAGACUUCCAUGAUAAAGGAGAAGGCGGUGAAGGAUCUUGCACAGUACUCAGCUGAGAUGCAGGAGCUGGAGAGAGUCAUCGCUCAUGAACACCAACUCAAAGAGUUCAUGAGCACCAAGAAUAAUCAGAGAGCCAACAUGGAUAAUGGGAAGAAAAACAGACGCAGACAGGAGAUGAAGGAGCAGAGGAAGGCAGACGGAGGAGAAGAGACACCUGAGUCUCUGAGGAAGGCUUUCCAGCAGAUUCAGGAACUGACUGGAGAAGAUAAUUUGGGGAAGCUGGUUACAAAAUUCAUUCAGGGUGAAGAAAGGAACUUUGCUCUGUUUAAUUACGUUAAUGAACAGAAUGCGGAAGCUGAGAAACUGAGAGAGGAAAUCCAACAGAUCAGAAAAGAUACGGAGCAGCUGAACAUAAAAAGUCGCCAGCAGGAACAGGAGAGUCAGGUGGCUUUAAAACAGGUGAAGGCACAACUGCAAGAGAGUAAGGCACAGACUCAACAGUAUGAAGACCAGGCCGAUCACAUCAGCAAGAUCCUUGAUCAGUUCAAAACAGGGAUAGACAGUAUGUUCAAAAAGACUGACUGCAGCUUAGGGCAGAUGGAAGGCAUGCUGGGAUCUUCCUCUGGGAUCACAGACAGUAAUCUGAUGAUGUACCUCGGCUUGGUGGAGCAGAAGGCCAGUGAACUGCUCACCAUCCAAGCCUUCAUUAAAUCUAAGGACCCAGAGAACAGUUCUGAUCUGAAAACGGUCGCUCCGUUCCUGCUGGGUCAGAAACUAGACGUUCAGACACACGAAGCGAGCGUUCAGCCUCCUGCUACCAGGCAUGAUUAUGAGGCAGAGGACUCUUCUCUGAUAGAUGAAGCGGAACGACCUUUGACCCGUGAAGAACUCCGUCAGCACAUUAUGAGGAAGAGUCAGGACCAGCUUAAAGAAGAGUCUCUGCGUGCAGGAGGAAGCAGAGAAGUGAAAACCCCUAAGUGCAGCACCAUGUCCAGAACCUCCCUGGAGGCCUGAGACGCAGUCUGGUCUUCUGGUUAUUAUUUUACAAUGCAUGUUUUUUCUGUAUUCAGUCUCUACUAAAUAUUUUUUGUAGUAAUGCUUGAAGGAUUUGGGUCUCUUAUAAUUAUUAAAUAAUAAUAAUUCUCUUAAAUUAUUAUUUAAUAAAUAAAAUAAAGUAUAUUCUUAACUCAAUUCCUGUUUACUUUAAAACCUCAAAAUUGCAUAGAUUUUGUUAUCCAGGAGAUUUUCUAAUGGUUGUGUAUUAUGUUCCAUUUUCUGCAGCUCAUUCUCUAAUGUGUCUUUUAUUAUUUUUUUAAAUGCUAUGCAGACUUUAAGAAUGUUUUCUGGUUAAUUAGAUUUGACUUUAACUGGUUUGAAAUUUGACCCCUUUUUAACCCUCCUCCAUUUGCUGCAAAAAGUUUUGUGCACAAGGCCCACCUGGUUACCAUCGCAGCAACCCCCCCCCCCCAUCACAGCUGAAGCUCAUUUCCGCAUACGAGCAAUGGCUUGGUCUCACCCACUUACAAGAACCGCGCACACUGCAUAAAAACAAAACAAACAAACAAAAAAAAACCUCAGAGAUUACGCUGACAAGAAAGAAAAUGAAUGACUUAUGAAUAGGCAGAAAUUGAUACUGUUGAUCAUGGCAUUCUUUUGUCACGUCUUGAACAGUAUGUGGGCAUCCAUGGAAGGGCCCUAAGUUACUGACAGAACCUUUUCAGUUGACAUUGGAGGCUCUGUCUCAGCUGUAGCUCCUCUUACCUGUGGUGUUCCCCAAGGUUCAAUCUUGGCUCCAACUCGGUUUUCACUAUUCUUGUUACCUCUAGGUACCAUUCUUAGGAGGCAUAGAGUGUCUUUUCACUUUGAUGCAGAUGACACUAAAAUCUAUCUGCCUUUGAAGCAUACUGAAAGGAAAAGUUUAGAAACUGGUUGUUUGUACAAAUGAUAUACGAUCCUGGAUGACCUUAAA